AUGGCUGAUGAGGUAAUAAAUGGAUUAGAGAAUAUGAGGCUGACAACGGAAGAAGAAGAAGUGAUAACCAUAUCUGAUGAGGGUCGAAAGGAGGAAAUUGAGAGUUGUGCCCUCAAUUUGGUCGGUAAAUUCCUCACAUGCAAACCGUUCAAUAAACGGGCUGCACAAAACACGUUAAGGCGUGCAUGGAGUCUGGAAGAAGGGGUGCAUAUCAUUGAAGUAGGUUCUAACCUUUUCCAAUUCAAAUUUAGCCGUGAAUUUGAUUUGGACAGAGUGCUUAACAAGGGUCCUUGGUCCUUUGACAAUCAAGUGCUCAUGCUGCGAAGAUGGCAGCCCGGUAUGACUGCGGCGAACGUAAAGUUUGAUUCGGUGGCCCUUUGGAUACAGAUCUGGGGGGCGCCUUUUGACAUGUCCUCAUCCGAGGUUGCUGCCGAGAUUGGGAGUAGAUUGGGAGAGGUAGUCGGGGUGGAAAAACGAAAGGUGAGGGAAGGGCAGAACCUGUUUAUGUGUGUUAAGGUUGCUGUCCCAAUAUCAAAGCCGUUGAGACGGGGUGGAUUUAUAGGAGGUUCGAACGGACAACGCUCUUGGGUUAAUUACAAAUAUGAACGUCUUCCCCUUUUUGCCAUUUUUGUGGACUCCUCGGCCACGACCUGA